AUGAAAACAAAUAAAGCAGCAAACACAAUUGCUCAUAUCAAAUCCAAAAACAACCACCACUGCCCAUUCAAUUCAACAACCAUUGUUCAUACCAACUCAUACCAAUUCACCACUUCAUCAUACCCAAGUUCAAAAGAAGCCAAAAGAUCAAAAGAAGCCACCAACAUAUGCUACAUGCAUUGUUCACAGCACACCCAAGUUCCAAAACAAGACAUAAGUAACUCACACUCAUUUGGGAUUGAGGCUGGGAUUGAGGCUGACUUGCAGGUGGGAACUCAUCUCCUUGAGUCAACUCCUCAGCUUCAGCUUCAGCUUCCAUGUCAAAGGCACCAUCUUGAAGUCCACUUUCAGCCAGCUUCUUCCACUCACAGGCCCCUCCACACACUCUUCUGCCUCAACAUAUUCUUCAAAAAGGAUAUCAUCAAAACCACUGUCAGUGUCCCUACUUGCACAAAAGUCCUCAUCCACAGAUUGGUCACCCUCAUCCUCAAGCACACUCAUAUCUCCAUCACCUGCAGGCACACUCCUUUCACCAUCACCUACAGGAACACCCCCAUCACCUACAACAACACCUCCAUCACCUACAGAAACACCCCCAUCACCUACACUCAUAUUUCCUGUUUUCUCAGCAACUAA